GGGAAGCGCAGCACUUGGGUGCCCGCUGCAGCUGCCUCAGUGCCGGGCUUGGUGAGGGCGGCACAUGGCUGCGCGCCCACACGAAGCGCCUCAUCCCUCAGGGCCGGCAUCACCGUCUGCCCCGAUCCCCAGAUCUAAUGAUCUACUAUAUUGAGUUACGGAGCUGUGGUAAAUGAAAGAAGCAGGGUACUGCUGCACCAGCAAAUAGACUCAUUGCAAAGACAUUCCCAAUGCAGCAAAGUGUAGGAGACGUUGAUAUUGUCAUCCUGAUGCUAAAGACAGUACCAGCUAUCCUACCUGCGAAAUGCAUUGCUUGGGAUAAAGGAAACCUUACGCAAGAAGAGAUGCCAGUAUUUUUAAAUUUACGACAAAUUUAAGAGCUACAAUAAGAUAAUGCUCUAAAUGAUUCUCCAAGAUGUUUGCAAAAGCAACAAAGAAUUUUGUGAGAGAAACAGACAGCGGAGGUGACUUGAUCCCUGUCUCUCACUUGAACGCCUCAGACAAGCUGCAGCUUCUCAGCUUGGUUACAAAGAAGAAGACAUUCUGGUGCUGGCAGAAGCCCAAGUAUCAUUUCUUGACAGUCUCCUUGAGUGAUGUGCUUACAGAAGACAAACCUAUAAAACCAGUGAUUGUGGAGUCUGACUUCGCAAAAUACGUGGGGAAAUUUGAAGAUUUUGUUCAAGGAAGUAUUGAAACUUCGUUUGGAAAGAUCAGCCUGGGAGCUGGAGGGAGGGGCUAUGUGGAAAGCCAGUCCUCCUUUGGAAACCUGAGGAAGCAGGAGAUUGACUUGCAGCAGCUUAUGAAAGACGUCAAGGACAGAAUGAUAAAUAUGAACAGUAGUUUACUGCAACAAGUAAUAGAAAGAAAACGUGAAGUACUGUGCAUCUUGAGAGAGAAGAUAGUAACAACUCAAAAGUGUACGAUAGCUGAACAUAUCCAGACAGAAGAAAAAAUCAGUGGUCUGCUGGGAUGCAGUACAAAAACAGUAAAGGUUUCAGUGAGUGACAGUGGAAGUACGGUGAAGGAUUCUAGUGUGAUCCUUGAGAUUCCUCCUGCAACCACUAUUGCUUAUGGCGUGAUUGAACUCUUUAUAAAGUGCAAUGGCCAGUUUGAAUUCUGUCUGCUGGAUGAACAACAAGGAGGUUUUGAAAGAGAAAGCACAGAAGGCUCAACUUAUCCCCAUUCAGCACCGUCCAGAGAUGCUUUGUUUCUGUAUCAGCCAGAUGCUGUUGAUAAUGGGGUGUGCUCUGGGGCUAGGAACCUCAUUCCCAGGGAUGCUUCUUUAAGUGUAUUGAAACAAGAUCUAUCAUGGUUGAAGGCUCAGUUCCAGCCCUUUGCGAAGCUCCCAGAAGAAAAGCAAAGAGCUUUAUAUAAAAGCCUGUGUGAACUCCUGCUCCGUGAAGAACUGCUAACUGCCCUGGCGGAUGUGUUAGAUGAUAUCUGCACAGGAGACAAGCCAGAUCUGAAGGAGCUAAAGCCUGCACAACAGCAAGACCUGGUUGACUUCUUGCAGCUCUUAGGGUGCAGUAAUGAGGUAUUGUUGCAGAACUGUCAGCUUCAGGAUGAGGAAUUGGUCUCAGCUGCUCACCUCCUCAUCAGUGCUGUCUCUGAGCUGUCUGAUUACACUCUUGUCCUGCUGCGUGCCUGCUGUGAUCUACAGGUUGUUCCGGCAUUGUGUUGCUUGCCUAAUAUCGCUUCAGCUGACGGCACCUUGGCACUGAGCAGUCCUUUGGUGGCUACUCUGACUGACAGAGGAAGAUUCGAUGUCGUGCAAAGGCUUUUUGCUUCAUCAAGCAUUAAUUUGGAAAUGACAGAGUCUUCUGUAAAAGUUGUCACUGCGAGAGAACCUCGCUUCUUCCCGCACCUUCUUUAUGUUGCACUGUACGGACUUCAUAGUUUAGUGAUUGUGGAGUCUGACUUCGCAAAAUACGUGGGGAAAUUUGAAGAUUUUGUUCAAGGAAGUAUUGAAACUUCGUUUGGAAAGAUCAGCCUGGGAGCUGGAGGGAGGGGCUAUGUGGAAAGCCAGUCCUCCUUUGGAAACCUGAGGAAGCAGGAGAUUGACUUGCAGCAGCUUAUGAAAGACGUCAAGGACAGAAUGAUAAAUAUGAACAGUAGUUUACUGCAACAAGUAAUAGAAAGAAAACGUGAAGUACUGUGCAUCUUGAGAGAGAAGAUAGUAACAACUCAAAAGUGUACGAUAGCUGAACAUAUCCAGACAGAAGAAAAAAUCAGUGGUCUGCUGGGAUGCAGUACAAAAACAGUAAAGGUUUCAGUGAGUGACAGUGGAAGUACGGUGAAGGAUUCUAGUGUGAUCCUUGAGAUUCCUCCUGCAACCACUAUUGCCUAUGGCGUGAUUGAACUCUUUAUAAAGUGCAAUGGCCAGUUUGAAUUCUGUCUGCUGGAUGAACAACAAGGAGGUUUUGAAAGAGAAAGCACAGAAGGCUCAACUUAUCCCCAUUCAGCACCGUCCAGAGAUGCUUUGUUUCUGUAUCAGCCAGAUGCUGUUGAUAAUGGGGUGUGCUCUGGGGCUAGGAACCUCAUUCCCAGGGAUGCUUCUUUAAGUGUAUUGAAACAAGAUCUAUCAUGGUUGAAGGCUCAGUUCCAGCCCUUUGCGAAGCUCCCAGAAGAAAAGCAAAGAGCUUUAUAUAAAAGCCUGUGUGAACUCCUGCUCCGUGAAGAACUGCUAACUGCCCUGGCGGAUGUGUUAGAUGAUAUCUGCACAGGAGACAAGCCAGAUCUGAAGGAGCUAAAGCCUGCACAACAGCAAGACCUGGUUGACUUCUUGCAGCUCUUAGGGUGCAGUAAUGAGGUAUUGUUGCAGAACUGUCAGCUUCAGGAUGAGGAAUUGGUCUCAGCUGCUCACCUCCUCAUCAGUGCUGUCUCUGAGCUGUCUGAUUACACUCUUGUCCUGCUGCGUGCCUGCUGUGAUCUACAGGUUGUUCCGGCAUUGUGUUGCUUGCCUAAUAUCGCUUCAGCUGACGGCACCUUGGCACUGAGCAGUCCUUUGGUGGCUACUCUGACUGACAGAGGAAGAUUCGAUGUCGUGCAAAGGCUUUUUGCUUCAUCAAGCAUUAAUUUGGAAAUGACAGAGUCUUCUGUAAAAGUUGUCACUGCGAGAGAACCUCGCUUCUUCCCGCUCCUUCUUUAUGUUGCACUGUACGGACUUCAUAGUUUAGGUGGGACUGCAUAGGAGCUUUGCUGAGCAGUCACUGUCCCAGCCUGUUCUUAUUCUGUAGCUGUGCAAUAGCGCCGAGGUUUGUGAGCUGGCAAUAGAGCAGCUGAAUACUAGGGGGUCUGUGGGGGCGAGGCAGGCGGCAGCGAGCCCUCUGCUGCCGUAAGAAGGUGAGCUGCAGCUCCGCAAUUUCACUAAGGUAACGUCUGCAGUGGAAAAUACAUAAAUAAAGUAAAUAAGG